AUGACUACAUGUUCAGUUGUAUUACACAAUACAAGCGAAUGUUGUCCGUUGUCACCAUUUGGUGUGAUCGAUGGUGGUUCUUGCCCGUCCAUUGUUUUAAAGUACUCCUUUCUUUAUCUAUGA